AUGGUGACGCCCAAGAUCCGCGACGCUACGCCUGAGGAUAUACCAACGAUCCUUCACUUUAUCCAGCAACUGGCUAUCUACGAGAAGGCACUUGAUCAGGUCGAGGCUACAGAGGAGCUGCUGAAAGAAACCCUGUUCACGAAUCCAUAUGCGCGUUGCAUUAUUGCCGAAAUUGAAGAUGGUACUCAGGGGCUAAAGCCUGUAGGUUUCUCCUUGUACUUCUUUGCAUACUCGACAUGGACUGCACGACCGACUUUGUUCCUUGAGGAUCUGUUUGUGCUGCCAGAGCACCGAAACGCUGGUAUCGGCAAACACCUCUUCAAACGUCUUGGUGAGAUUGCAAAGGAGAACAAGUGCCCACGCGUGGACUGGCACGUCCUUGAUUGGAAUGCACCCUCUAUUGCAUUCUACGAAAAGUCUCUCGGCGCAAAGAUGCACUCUGAAUGGCGCCUAAUGCGUCUUGAGCGGGACGGCAUUGAACGUUUGGCGAAUUUCAUCUAA